AUGAGCGCCGGGCCGGCCCGGGCGGGGGAGGUGCCGGGGGCGGCCCGGGGCGGCGGCGGCGGCGGCGGCGGCGGCGGCGGCGGCGGCGGCGGCGGCGGCGGCGCUGGGCCCGGCCCGCGCUCGGGACGCUCGGACCACGGCGGCCUGGGCGGGGGGCGCGGCCCGGCCGACGCUCAGACUCUCAGGAGGCGGCGGCGGCCCCGCAUCCCGCCAGGCCCACUUGACCCGGCCCGUCCGCUCGCCCGCCGCUGUGCCGCAGCCGGAACCGCCGCCACUACCCGCCGGACUGCCCCGCCGACAACCGCCGGCAGCCGCGCAGCCCGCCGGGAAGCCGAGGCCCGCCCUCGCCGCCCCUCGUCGCCCCGAACUGCAACCCCCACAAGGCCUCGCGGCGCCGGUGCGUCCGAAGACCCGUAG